GCCGUUGCGAAUCGUACAGUUGGGCAAUUGUAUGCGAAAUACCCCUUUUCACGAUACAGUUUAUGCAAACGAGCUAAUCAGCGCCGCAGUUUCGGCCUCGGCUCGUCCGGUCGCGAUGGCCUCCACAAACGGGACUCGAGCCCGGCUCGUGCUCCGCCUCGCCAGCCAUACAGCAGCGCUGGCAAACGGGUGAGCCAAGUAGGCAUGAAACGGCGUCCAUCUCGUCCUGUCGCCAUGGCGCCGUCUGUAUUGCCGCCCAGUUGCCGGGGCGUGUCUCCACCUGAAGCAUGCGAUGCGGGCUCGAGUCGCGCGCCGAGAGCUGGCGGCAAUCGCACGGCGUCUCGACGCGCCAGACGAGGCCACCGGCCGUUGCCGCCGGCGGAGAAACACGUGCCAUUGGCCACUUUGCGGGCCGACACCCUUGCCCACCCUCCACCCCUCCACAUGACGCGCAACUUGCCGUGCAAAUGGCCAAUCACACUCGCCUGUUGGCGUCCAAUCGGAGCGCGAAUGUCGACGAGUCCUUCGGUUGUCGUCUGA